CCCCCCCCCCCCCCCCCCACCUGCUGCUGCUCCGCGCGCUUCACGCGUAAACCCAGCCUGGCACGAGCGCACCCCUCAGCCAUGGCGCUCACCUGCGGACGGGAGCGGGAACACUUUGGCUUCUCUUGGAUUUUAAUCAAAAUAUAAUCUAAUUGAGGAGUAACUAGAUCCCGAAGAGUCUCCUGAAGAGAUAAUCCCCGAAUUAGGAUCUGAUUUUGCGUCAGAAUCCAUCCUAACACGGAGACUUGAAUCACAAUUGAUUUUAAUGUUACACUCCCUCUCUGUUUCCUUUACUCUGGACUUCAGUUAAAGUCCCACUUACCAUGGAUCUGUGGACUAACAGCACCUCCGUGGAUCGUUACCCCGGGACACCGCCUCCACUCCCGGACUCCAACUCCUCCAUCAACCGCUCCACUGGCUCCCAGCACGUCCCCACCCCGCUGGACUUGCGCCGGGCGGUGCCGGUGGGCAUGGUGCUGGCCUUCUUCAUCAUGUGCGCCAUCGUGGGGAACAUCCUGGUCAUCCUGUCGGUGGUCUGUAACCGACAUCUGCGGAUCCCCACCAACUACUUCAUCAUCAACCUGGCCAUCGCAGACCUGCUGCUGGGGACCACCGUGCUGCCGGUGUCCGCAACACUGGAGAUUCUGGAUUACUGGGUGUUUGGCCGUAUUUUCUGCGACAUCUGGGCAGCGGUGGAUGUCCUGUGCUGCACGGCAUCUAUCAUGUCUCUGUGCGCCAUCUCCAUCGACCGCUACAUCGGUGUUCGCUACCCGCUGCAGUACCCCACCAUCGUCACCGAGAAGAGGGCGCUGCUCGCCAUGCUGGGCGUCUGGAUCCUGUCCACCGUCAUCUCCAUCGGUCCGCUGCUGGGCUGGAAGCAGCAGCCGUCACAGGAUGACACUGAGUGUCUGAUUACAGAGGAGCCGUUCUACGCUCUCUUCUCCUCCCUCGGCUCCUUCUACAUCCCGCUCUUCGUCAUCCUCGCCAUGUACUGCCGCGUCUACGUGGUGGCUAAACGCACUACCAGAAAUCUGGAGGCGGGCGUCAUGAAGGAGCGCCAGGAGAACUCCGAGCUCACCAUGAGGAUCCACUGCAGGAACCAGCAGGCCCAGGAACCCAGCGGAGGAGGCGGGGCCUCAACUGCCCGCAGCUCGCUCAGCCUCAAACUGCAGAAGUUUGCCAGAGAGAAGAAGGCCGCGAAGACACUGGGCGUGGUGGUCGGCAUGUUCAUCUUGUGCUGGCUGCCUUUCUUUCUCGCACUGCCCAUUGUGUCUUUCAACAGUGACCUUCGUCCUCCUGAAACUCUCUUUAAAGUGAUUUUCUGGUUGGGAUACUUCAACAGCUGCCUGAACCCCAUCAUCUACCCCUGCUACAGCCGGGAGUUCAAACAGGCGUUUAUCCGGAUCCUCCGCUGCCAGUGGAAGAAGAAGCGCCAGGGUUGGCAGGCUCAUUAUAACUCCCGCUCCCGUCAGAGCUCCAACAACUCGUCCUUUCAGAACGGCUCCCAGCCAAGCGGCAACCUCCGGCCGCGAGAAUUGAAGACAGUGAGGAAGUGUUAAAAACCGCAGUUCCUCGAGUAUCUGCUUGAGGCUGGCUCUGGAAGUACCAGAAACCAUAUACACACGGAUUCAAAAAAGCAAGUCUUUACAGCAGAAACAAACAUGUUUACAGCCUGGUACAAAAAACAAGUGUAGUCUGGAUAGCUCAGUUCUCGAUCGGCACACACUGUACGGGGGGUGAAUUUUUUCAUAACACGGCAGUUUCGAAGAUAUUAAGAUUAUGAGUUUUCCAUUAUGAGAGGCUCAGCUGACUUGACAAGCGGGAACACUGAAACUGUUGGCAAGGAGGCUCAAAGCCCACCUCUUUAAUUCACACUAGAUUGACAGAAGUUAUGUUGAGUUCAGCAUGUCUAACAUGGCUCCCGCCAUUGAUUGGCUUAAAAAAAGUGCUUCAGAGACAGAUGGGUGACGUCAAGUAUACUCCGUCCAUUUAUUAUACAGUCUAUGCUCCCAGCAGAAGCUCUCCUGUGUCACCGCAAGCACGCGCUGAGUCGCCUCCAGGCUCCGCCCCCCACCCCGCUCCUCGUCCUCUGACCUCCCCGGCUCCACCGGAAGAGGCCAUCUGGGACAGCGGCAGGUGCUGGAGCGGGGCGGGGCUGAAGUGGGGGAGCACAGAGCAUCAGUAAAAGUGCCAAGCAGGGACAAACCUGUUGCCUCAGCUGGCCACGCCGUCCCUGACAGGAAGUUAUGUAUAAAGACUGAUGCCAUCCUUGCUGACACCAUGAGGCAGAACCUUGGCUGUUUUCGAAACCGCCUACUAUACUAGCAGUACUGCUGAUUUGGCCAAAAUUCAUUAUGUAGUAAGUAGUAUAUGAACAAGAGCAAAAUCUGCAGUAUGCUGAAACUCCCCAGAUGUCUACUGAUUCAGGAAAAUUUCACAGUAUGCAUCGGACCAGUCUCCCCCACGUACUGUUUCCCACAAUGCACAGCGCUCGUUCUGCUUUUUCUUUUUUUUAAGGGUGGAACUGAGAUUUUAGGUGCUGUGAAAAUUAUUAAAUUCCAUAUAAACCACUUUCUAACCUUUUAAAUCAUAAGUGGACGCUAAAGAAGCAGUUUCUUUAUCAGCUUGGCCAUUGUUUACUUCCGCUUUCCGAAAAUCCAGUGACGUCUGGCCCAGCAUACAGCAUAACAGAUCCAACAGAACAGACAUACUACAUACUAAAUCUAAUACAGUAUAUGUAGUAUGUACCAGGCCAUUUCAAAAACAGCCCUUUAGUCUGAAAUCACUUUGCAAGAAGUGGCAUCAGGCUGUGAAAGGUGUUUGUAUUUCUAGUCAGGUUCUCACUUUCACUUUGAUCACAGCAGCACCUAGAGGACAUAAGAGGAACUGCAGCUGCUGCUCUAUUUAUUUGCUGAAUCACAAGUUUCACACCGGUGUGUGUGUGUCUGUCUGUCUGUCUGUGUUUGAUGUAUCGUUUUUCUCUCCCUGUUGAGGAAGCUAUUCAAACAGUUUAGUCCUGUGUCCAGUGUUUAUGCUGAGCUAGGCUAAUUCUUUAUGGACAUGGAGGUGAAACUAACCUGAUUAGGACGGAGAAUAAAAAAAUAUUUCUUUAAUUAUAUAAAAGAUGUUUGAAAUGUUCUUAGAAUUAAUAAAAGUAAAAUAAUAAAAUGAAGUUGAAUGUU